GCGGCGGUGGCAGCGGGGUGGCGGCCGUCGCCACUCUUAAGCGCUCCUCCAGCGCGCCCAUGAUCAACGAGCUCGUCUCGCAGGCGCAGAGCACCAGCUCCGCCUCCUCCAGGGGCCUGGGCUCGCCGCCGCUCGUCUUCUCGGCUGGCUCGGGGUCGACGCACAACCCGCGCGUCCGCCGCUUCAGCGCCAACUUCAGCCCGCUCGCCGCGCCCAGUUCGCCGGGCAGCAGCAGCGGCGUGCGCACGCCGUCCCGCCUGAUGCAGAUCCGCCAGGAGGCCGGCCUUGAGGACCCCGAGAUCCGGCACGAGCGCAGCGUGCACGCCGCUCUCCAGAUGUCGCUCAGCUGCGAGGACCUGGCGCUGAGCACGCGGGAAGACCCGAAGAAGGCGGCGCCGGUGCGCUCCGUGACGGACCCGCUGCACCUGACCAUGCCGCAGCCGCAGCCGUUCUCCUUCGGCUCGUCGCCGUCGCCCACGCGGCCGGCCGGCACGCCGUACUUCUCCCCGCAGAUCCCGGAGCGGCUGCGCGGCCCCACCUUCAGCCCGUCGCCGUCGCCCAUGAGCCCCAUCCUGCGGCCCAGCCCGCUGGGCGGCGCCGUCAAGCGCAAGUUCGACUACGACAAGGAGCGGCCGCCGGUGAUCGGGCACAACAAGCGGUUCCACUCGGGCGGCGGCCUGCUGGCGCCGCACCCGCCCGUGUACAGCUCGACCGCGUCGGACGCGGCGCUGGGCGCCCUGCAGGGAUCGGUCGGCUCGGUCGGCACGCCCGAGUCGCUCUCGUCGGUCGGCUCGCCGGGCCUCUCGUACAAGCAGGACGACUCGCCGCGGCCGAUGGUGGCCGAGACGAUGGACUCGUCGAGCGUGUUCCGGCCGGUCGAGUCGCCGCGCUCCUCCGAGCGCCGCCUCAAGGCCGACCAUGACAAGAUGGACGACGCGUGCGUUCCCAUGGAGACAGGCGGUGGCGACAAGAUGGUGGUGCUGGACGUGGCGCGCCCCGUCGCCAUGGAGACGGGCGGCGGCAGCGGCGACGGCAAGGUGCCGAUGGACACGGGCGGCCAGCGGCUGCCGGGCCACGCCCAGUACAUGCGCCAGAGCAUAUAGAGCGGCGGCCGGUGGAGCCGCAGUGACUCGGGCUGACAGAUCUGUGAUUGGUGGGCCGGCUGCGAGGCCCGCCUGGCUUGUU